CUUUCCUCCGCCCGGGUCCGGCGCGUUUCGCUAUGCGCCGAUGGCGGGCACACCGGGUGCACCACCACAGUUUGCGCAUGUGCCUGCGCCAUCCUCCGCAGUCCCGCAACAGCCUGUGUUCGGAGCACAUCCGGGAAAAGGAGGAGUACUAUCACCCGCGCCGCCCGUGGCGAUAACGCACAACGGCUACGCGGUUCCGCAGGGUACCCCCUUGUUCAUUCCGGUGCAAAAUCCAUCAACGGGAAAAGUGGAAAUGGUACAGCUGAACCCUGCAACGCCAUUAGCGCACCCACCGGCCAAAGGUUCGCAGGCACAGCAGCUGCGUACAAAGAUGCUCCCUCCCGCAAUACCCAGCGGCAGCAAGAGUCAGGCGAAACAACAAACGCCGCAACUACAACAAAUCCAGCCGCCGCAGCGUCCCGCAGCGAUGCCGACGACAUUGGUGACUGUGUCGAAAAAGCGGAGGGGCAACAGGCAGACCAGCGGGCCAAUGGUGCCUCCGGGAACUACUGGAAGCUCGCGUUCGCAAUUGCGCCAGCCGUACCAAACUGGACCUGUGGCACAGAGUCCGGCUUUUGUUGGGAACAACUACCAGCUCCUUCCUCCCAGUCCAAACUACAGCGCACAACAUCAGCAACAGCAGCCCCAGAGACUACAGCAGCCGCCGAUCACCACGAUAGUUGCAGUGCGGAACCAGAGAGGAAAAGUGUCUUCAAAGAGAGAUCACCAACCGGCGCUCCCCGUGAGCAAGCCGUUCGACAAGAAUAAGAAGAAGGUGCAUAUGCUCACCGACGGCAGGAGGUCAAAGAGGAGCAAAAGGGACAAACACAAAAAGAAAAGAAAGCCCCCCCGGCGGAAAAAGAAGGUGUCGCAGGAAAUCAAGGAUAAGAUUCUGAAGCGCAGCAGGCGUUGGCUGCAGAUCCUCCGCCGGGCGGACAGACGUCUGCCAAGCAACGUGCUACCCGGCUCUAUCGUGACGCGAUACCAUCAUGAGAAGAUAAAGCGUAGAAAUCGCAAGGACCCCAUCCCGUGGGCGGGCGACGGCACGCUGUACUUCAAUCUGCGCACGUGGAAGCAUUGGGACAAACACCGACACAGGUACGUUCCCGCUGACGUGUGGUGGCGGUGGUGGUACCUGAAGGCCACGCGCAAGCGGGUCUGCAACCGAUACCGCCUGCACUGGUGUCCCUUUCGCCUGAUCGAGCAGCAAAACCAGCAGCUCAGCCUUGGUAACAAGAACGCGGCCGCAGUCCCGCGUCCGCCUAAACAAAGUAAGGAGCAGCGAAGAAAAGAUCGGUGGAAAAAGAUGACUCCGCAACAGAAACAGAUGCACGCUGUGAUCCGCAGAAUCGACGCCGUGAUGCGUCGGAUCUACACCGAGAGCGGGAGCAAGAAAACGCCGCGUCUGUUCUUUCGAGAACAGUUUGGGCCGGUGUGGGAGCGGGCGUGGGUGGACCGAAGUGCCGACAAAAUUCGGCGGUGGAACAUGAUCCUCCAGCACUACAGUGCCGCCAACGCGGUCGGGCCCAACCCAGACGAGGCGCCGGUCCCGCUCUUGUCCUUGCUGAAGCAUCCCGAUAUUCCGGUGAAAUUCUUGACCACAGGCACCUUGGGAGAUGUGUUGGAUAACACGCUUGCGGAAACAUUUCCCGAGAAGAGCUGGGCGAAGCCACUUUUGGGGCCGGGCAGUGAAUGGGUAAAAGGAGGGCGUGGUGUUGCUACUGUGGUGGACGACAGGGGGGUGUUGAAGGGUAGCUCGUCCUCUCGAGCAGACGUGCAGAAAAAAGAUGCGGAAGAUCAUGAGCACCCUUCUGAGGGAGGGAAGGACGAGGUAACGGAAAGUGAAAAAACCGAACAACCAAGCGCCGCAAAAGCAGAGGGUGGAAUAAAAACAAGCGCUAGUUGUAGAGCAGACCUCGAGGCAGCAGGAAAGAGCGGAAAAAUGUCAGACGAGGAGGUCGCCACUACAGGAGGAGAAAAAGAAGUAAGUACUAGUGCUAAAGGAGAUGGAGAAGACAGCGGCAGUGGCAGCAGCAAGAAAGAUGCAACCGCAAGCCUGAAUGCGAAGAACGCUAAAAAUAGACCAACUGAGUGGCAUGGAUUCGUCGGCGACAUCCUCUGGACGCUACUGGAAAAGUACACGGACGAUGUCACGAGGGAGACAGCAUCGGAGGAAAUCCGACAGCGGGUGGAGAAACUCCAAAAGCGAGUUCCGCAGCUGCCGCCCGAGGUUUGGUUGGACCUGAAGAUGAACCAUCGCAUCAAGGAGAGACGAAGACAAAUGGCAGCUGGUGCUCAGGAGAAAAGCGUAGAUUCGGCAGUAGAGGAGAGCGACGCGGAACAUAUUAUAGUUGGACCGCCAGAUGAGGACAUGAAAGACCCUGGAGCGUCGGAGAAAGUAAGGAUGCGGAAGCCACCGUCGCGUGCUCGUGCUCCCGCUCCGCUCGUGUUUUCCGAGUCCGCGUUUCCCUCAGUGCCGAAACAGAUCGCUCCUGUGAAGGACGACAGCGGGGUUGAGAAACCGGACUUGCAGCAACUGGGCCAGCAGCGCCACGCAGACGGAGAAAUGGGAGGAGCAAGAAGUCCCAGUCCGCCAGUAGCGCAACACCGAGAAGUUGCAGAAAAGGCAAAACCGACGCGGGUAGAUAUCAACAGGCCUCGUUCGAUUCUAAAAUCCGCCACAGAGCAGAAGUACGCGGCCCGACGAAGGAAGUACGAAGAAAAGUUCCAAAGACAGUACUAUCCGAGGAGGGCUGCCGCCAAACCAGGGUUCACGCCCGAGGAUAUCAGCUGCGCAGAAAACUUGUCUUCAGAGGACGACCGCCCGUCCGCGUGGGGUCCGGAAUUGAGGUACUUGAUUGCGAAGUUCGUUUUGCUCAUGAGAGGUUCUUGUACGCGGCUGAAAAAAGGUUUUGAGACAUCAUUUUUUCGCAGCAGUUUUUCUUUUUGCACGAAAUCCCAUCUGAAAUACAAUCUACCGCUAAUAUGAAACAAAACCCACAAAAUUUCCGAUUAUUAUUUUGCAGGUGGCGGCACCGGCGCGACCUGGACUUCCUCUGGCGUAACAAAAACAAGCGGUUCCGGGUGUACAAGCGAAAGCGAAACCGGCGCAAGAUGCUGUUCAAAACCGGGUGGGAUGUGUUCUGGGAACAGCGGUUGCAACUGGAGCACGCCCGCAAAGCGAAAGCCCGGAGCGAGGCGAAGCUGAAGGAGAAGGAAGAGCGCAAGCUGAGAAAGCGACGGGUUUUUGCCGACGAGGCGGACUUGCUGGAGAACUGGUGCACCGUGGACACGGAACACCCCGCCGCGCGCCCCGUCAACGGUCGCACGCCUGGUCUGCAGGCGGCGUUGCGCGCCAUUCGCAAACGGGAGGCGGAAAAGAAGACGCACGCGUACCGGCGAAAAGUUGCCGCGCCGCCGUCCUACGUGCACAGCCGGGACCCGAUCAACCCCAACGCGGUUGGCGAGGAGUGGCGGUUUGUCAGCCAGGCGGAACGCGAAGAAACGCGGUUCAACAUGGCCGUGUACGCGAACGAAAACUACUACGAGGCAAGUCCGGAAGACUGGUUCUGGGAGCAGUCCGUGCGCGACAUUCGCAGAAAAAUCCGGCGGGAGAAAAAAGCGGGGACAUCCUCGCGCGAGGUCGUGGAAGAGAACUACAGCGAAGUAGAGCCGCCGGCUGGUCUGCCGUUGCUGCCAACCGAAGGCGACGAGAGGAAGGCCAAUGCAAAAGUCACGACAACAGAAGCGGAGAACAUAACGCCUGCAGCGGUGAUCUACGAAAUCAGCAGCAGAGGAUGCGAGAUGACGGAAGUGUACCCCGUUGCAAGUAGACGGGGGAAGACUGCUUCGAGGCUACGCCAACAUUUGUCGUCGGUACGGGCCCGGGACGCCGUUGCGAGUCCGUCCUUCACUCCGCAAAAUCUCCAUUACGAAUUUGACCCAAGGACGAACACAACGCGGAUGAGGCUGCAGUAGGAUCUGGGAAAUGUUGGAUACUUCGAGUACAAGUGCUCUUCGUGUCUACAGGAACAUGACUGCAUCCCGUAACAUUCAGGCUCAUGGUCCUUCGAUAAAAUAUACAGGAGGAGAACAAUGCAACCAGCUUGAGAACAACGCCCAGGCUGGUGAAUCCUGGAAUACAUAAUGACAUCAAGAGCGCAUGCGCAACUUUUACAAU